AUGGCAAUGGUCGCUCCAUGGGAGUUGCGAGCCGACGGGCUCUGGACUCGUCCACUCAUCGGACCUGAGCGAAUGUUUGAUCAAUGGCUAGAAUUAGAUGGUUGGACUGAAUGGAUGGGCGCUGUCAUUUUCACCGUCGCGCCAUCUCUCACACCCAAGAUUGAUUCCAGAGACAACAUCAAAACGUGGUUCAACAAAGCGAUUGCUCUCGUCUGCCUCCAGAAACCUUCGUUAUUGGCAACGAUUCAUCGCGGCCAGCAUGAAUCUGUGCCCGCCAAGUCUCGAGAUUUUAUUUAUACUCCGCUCGAAUCCGACAAUGAUUUGGCUGAGAGGAUCGCGCAACGGACGACAAUUCUUCACACUGAUAAGUCAGUUAAGGAAGGGCUCAAGUCACUGACGGAUGAGUUUUAUUCAAGCCCUGAAAAGCGUAUCAGCAUUGAGUCUGGGACGCACUUGAUACACAUAUCGCUUGUUGGAUCAUCAGCCGACCCCGGCACUUUCGCAGUGGCUAUCCGCUGCAAUCAUGCACUAAACGACUUCUGGAGCGGUGCUGCAAUCUUAGACAAUAUUCUAUGUAGGCUUUCAGAUGGAUUGGCCGACAACCUACCUUUCCCUUCGUAUACAUCGACUACCACUUCUUCCCUGCAUCCGUGUUAUCUGGACAUCCUCCAGCAGCCACUGGGAACUACCCCGAUGAAUCAAGAAGCUCAGGAAAAGGCGCAACAACUGCUUGGAGCGAACCUCGCGAAUAUUACAAUGUGCCCCAUUAUUGAGGAGUCUUCCAAGGAUUUUCCAGGGACCGACUACGCUGUACGAAGACAAGUGUACUCAGAGGACCUGACAAAGAGACUUAUAAAUAUCUGCAAAGCACGAGGGGUCACAGUAACAGCGUUAUUGACAGCAUUGCAAUCGUUCGCAUUGCUCAAAACGUUUCCGCCACAGAGUCUACCAUGCUCCAUCGCUUCACCUAUUUGCGUAAGCAAUCGACUGAAACACACGUCACUAGCAUACCAGGAUCAGGCGGAUUCUUCGUCGCAGAAGCCAAUCCGUCAGAUAUUCCAGGAAGCAGCUGAUAUUGGACCGGUCAUGGCAACUACAUUCCUUAUAUCGCCUUUUGAGGUCGGACCCUUUUUGAAGAAAGAAGAUGUAUCGAUCGACAGUCAGCAAUGGUUCAAUGAUGUCUGGGAGGUAACAAGAAACGUGAGCCAAGCAACUGAGGAUGCUGUCAAGAGCGACAUAAGCGAGCAUGUAGACUGGACUCAGGGCCCAGCUGCUUUUGGCGGUGUCGCCCAUGCUAUGGAAGCCAUGAAAGCUAGCCGUCUCCCGUCACCACCUGGUAUGUUUACGCCUCUAUCAUCCGCUGGUUUGAUGGAUGGUACACAUCUUCAGGGGACUUACGGUAAAGAUGAUCGAGGCGAUGGCCCUGCGCUGAAACUUGACGAUUUUUCCUUCUACUCACGAGUCAGCAACUUAUUCGGACCUCAAACGUGGGCAUGGACAGCUUUAGGGAAGCUAAACACAAUAUUGGUCAUGCCUGAUCCCCGUAUACGUUCGGUGCCGAACAUUCAGUGGUGGGAUCUGUUCAAUGCCUCAAUUGACAGUAUCGCAAAUGAUAGCUUGGAGUAA